UAUUUCAUAGAAGUUCUUUUCCUUCAAAAUUUGAAAUUCCCAAUGGGUCUUCUUACGGCUCUCUUCAUUGGAUUUCUCAGUCUAGCUACUUUAAAUGUUGCCUUUUGCAAUGGAGGCUGCAAAGAGAGUGAGAGGCAAGCGCUCUUGAAGUUGAAGCAAGAUAUGGUGGAUCCUGCAAACCAACUCGCAUCUUGGGUUGCUGAUGAUGAAGAUUGUUGCAGAUGGAAGGGAGUUGUCUGCGAUAACAUGACUGGCCACGUUCUGGAACUCAAUCUCAAUGACGGUAAUGAUGAGCAAUUAGAGGCUCGGUUGGGCGGUAAGAUAAGUCCUUCCCUGCUCCAUUUGAAGCAUUUACGUUAUUUGGACCUCAGCAACAAUAACUUUGGAGAAAUUCACAUUCCCAAAUUCUUUGGAUCUUUAAAGAGUUUGAGAAUCCUUAACCUCUCCUAUUCAGGAUUUGCAGGGGAGGUACCCCAUCAUCUUGGGAAUCUCUCCAAUUUGAAAUAUCUCAACCUCUAUGAGAAUGAGAAUUUACAUAUUGAGAAUUUUCAAUGGUUGUCUGCUCUUUCCUCCUUGGAACACCUCGAUUUCACCUCGGUUAAUCUUAGCAAGGCCGCCAAUUGGUUUCACGUCAUAAAUACACUUCCUUCAUUGGUAGAAUUACACUUGUCUUGGUGUGAACUAGGGCCCCAUUAUCAAGUCCAUCCCAUUACAAGUGUAAAUUUAUCAUCUCUUGAUGUCCUUGAUCUUUCUGGUAAUAAUUUCCAUGACUUAUCAAUAAUAAAGUGGGUCUUUCGUCUUAAGAAGCUAAUUUUCCUUGAUUUAUCUGUCAACCACUUUGAUGGUCCAAUCCCUUAUGAUCUUCAAAAUCUAACCCUUUUAAGGCACCUAGAUUUGUCGUACAAUUAUUUCAAUUCUUCAAUACCUAAUCGGUUGGACAACUUUAGUAGUCUUCAAUGGUUGUCUGGUCUUUCCUCCUUGGAAUACCUUGAUUUGACCUGGGUUAAUCUUAGCAAGGCCUCCAAUUGGUUUCAUGUUGUAAACACACUUCCUUCCUUAGUAGAAUUACGCUUGUCUUGGUGUGAACUGGAGCUCCAUUAUCAAGUCCAUCCCAUUACAAGUGUAAAUUUAUCAUCUCUUAAUGUCCUUGAUCUUUCCCGUAAUAGUUUCCAUAACUUAUCAAUUAUAAAGUGGGUUUGUGGUCUUAAGAAGCUAAUUUCCCUUGAUUUAUCUUCCAACCAGUUUGCUGGUCCAAUCCCUUACGAUCUUCAAAAUUUGACCCUUUUAAGGUAUCUACGCUUGUCAAGCAAUGGUUUCAAUUCUUCAAUACCUGAUUGGUUGGACAACUUUAGUCAUCUUGAGUUUCUUGAACUCCUUAAUAAUGAUUUUGAAGGUGAAAUCCCAAUUAGGUCAAUAGGAAAACUCUGCAACUUGAGUUUUUUGGAUCUCUCUUAUGUCAAUUUGAGUCUAAAAAUAUCUCAAAUUUUAGAAAUGUUUUCUACAGGAUGCAUUUCUAAUUCACUAGAAACCUUGCACUUAGACAAUUGUCAACUCACUGGGCAACUAACCAAUCAACUUGGUAAUUUUAAAAGUUUGAGAGAAUUGUCUUUGUUUGAUAACUCAAUCUCUGGUCCUAUUCCAACAUCCAUAGUCGAUUUUGAUUGGGUUCCUCAUUUUCAAAUUCAGAUCUUAAGGUUAGGAUCUUGGCAUCUAGGUUGGCAAUUUCCACAAUGGCUUCAUUCUCAAAAAUAUUUAAGUUAUUUAGAUAUUUCUGACUCAAAAAUUGUUGAUAAAGUUCCUAAUUGGUUUUGGGAGUUGUCAUCUCAAUGUCUAUAUGUAAAUAUCUCUCACAACCAAAUUCAUGGGCACCUUCCAAGUAUAUUAAGUAGUCCUAGUCUUAACACUUUCUUAAAUAUUAUUGUUUUCGAUUUUAGCUCAAAUAACUUCAUCGGUCCAUUAUCUCGUAUCUCCUCUAAUAUGUCUUUCUUAGACUUCUCUAAUAAUAAGUUGUCAGGCUCCCUUUCCUACUUUUUGUGUCAUGAAAAGAAUGAAUUCAUGCGUAUGAGGAUUCUCAAUCUAGGCCAAAAUUUUCUAUUUGGAGAGUUACCAGAUUGUUGGACCAAGUGGCCAAACUUGAAGGCCAUUGUAUUAGCAGACAAUAAUUUAACGGGAAAAAUUCCAUGGUCGAUCGGAGCUUUAUCUUACUUGGUAUCCUUGCAUCUUCAGAAAAAUUACCUUUCAGGAGAAAUACCAUUGUCUUUAAGUAAUUGCACAGAGUUAGAGAUGCUUCAACUUAGUGAAAAUGAAUUGGAUGGGAGCAUCCCACCGUGGGUGGGUAAGAGUCUUUCAAACUUGAUAAUCUUGAACCUUGGUUCAAAUAAAUUUUUGGGACAUAUCCCAAAUGAGUUGUGUUCACUCAAUUCUCUCCAAAUUCUGGACCUUGCUCAUAACAACCUCUUCGGAAGCUUGCCAAGGUGUAUUGGGAACAUAAGUGUCUUGCUCUCAUCGGACAACCAUUCUCACGAGUUCGACUUUGGCUUCGUCUUUUCUUAUGGCAACAUGUUUGAGGUAGCUUAUCUCGAGAAUGCAUUUGUUUCAAUAAAAGGUCAGUUGCGUGAAUAUGACAACAUACUCUACUUGGUGAAAGCCAUGGAUUUUUCUAGCAAUAAUUUAUCAGGGGAGAUUCCUUCAGAAAUAACUUAUCUCCAAGGGUUACAAUCACUGAAUUUAUCACACAAUCUUUUCACUGGAAGGAUCCCACGUAACAUUGGCAACAUGAGAAUGUUAGAAUCAGUUGAUUUCUCAGGGAACGAAUUGUCUGGUUCAAUUCCAGAAAGCAUGUCAAGUUUGACGUUUUUGGGCUACUUGAACUUGUCCAAUAACCAAUUGACCGGACAAAUUCCUUCAGGUACUCAGUUGCAGAGCUUCAGUGCAUCUAGCUAUGCUGGAAACAAACUUUGUGGCCUUCCACUACCACAUAAGUGCAGUGUCAAUCGAAGUUUUGUACCUAGCAUCCAAAACAAAGGUGGAAAAGAUAGGAAUGGAAUCGAAAGUAUUUGCUUGUUUGCAAGCGUGGCCCUUGGAUUUAUUGUGGGAUUUUGGAGUGUACUGGGUCCUCUUUUGAUUAGCAAGCAAUGGCGGUGCAUGUAUUAUCAAUUUCUUGAGAAAAUGUGGUGAAAAAUCAGUGAUUCUGUAAACAAAUGUUACUAAAGUUUAUUGUAUUUCUUUUAUAAGUGUGUUAGCCUUGAAUUAUAAAAUAUCGCAUCAUUUCCUCUAAGUUGUAUUGUGUAAUAAAUUCAUAUUUCAUCA